AUGUCGAAUUUGCCGUUCUACAAGGCGCUCGCACGUGACCACGCCACGUUGGCCCUGCAAAACGUUUCCUACUCCAAAGACCUGCUAACAUGGUACUCGCCCAACCGCGUUGAAAUCACGAAAAAUGGCCAAAUCGUUGCCCACGAUGAUAACGAGCCGCCCAGCUUGCUUGCGCCGUCGUUGCAGGCGUGUCACGUGUCGAUUCAUCUGGGGAUGAACCAGACCAACGGUUUAAACAGUCGAAGACGGUUUCUGAAGCGAAACGAGCCUGAGACUCCUCCAGCGGAAGAGCCACCCGUGAUUUUUGUGAGACUGUACGACAACGAGAAGCUCUACUUGAAAAUCGCCCUGAAAACGACGUUUGGCACGUUUCUUCUGGCGUUGAUGGCCUGGCAGAAUAUGAGACCCGCUGGGUUGGCGAAAAAAUGGUAUGCCGAAACGUCUUCGUCGACGGUUUCGUCCUCGGAUCCCCAUGAGGUUUUGGUGGGCCGUUUCCGUAUAUAUGGGCCGAUUCCUGCAAAAGUGAAGAAUUUGAAGCUUGUCAAGUUGCCCAAACCUCCUCCAUACCAGCUGCCUUUUGAGGAAAACCACUCAGAGCCAAACUCGCCCAACGAAUCGAUCCACGAAGGCUGGUUUUAUACCAUGGGGGUGCUCAAGUCCAACGGAACGCUCCAUUUCAUAUCUGAGCUCGACGGCACGUUGCUAUACUCCUUGGACGUCAAGAGUGUGCUCCAGUCAGAGAUUCGGGAGCUCCAUCACUCGAUCUGCGACUCUUCCAACAUCCUUUUCAUCGGCUACAUCAAGGAAUUGCGCUGGAACAAUGUGAUCAAGUCCACCACGGCCCUCACCCUUGAUUCCUUGCAGCUGCAGCUGCCAAACUUUUUAUACAAAGAUGGGAAACCCGUGGCAAGCAACAACAGAGUGCUUAUUGACUUCCCCUUGCACAUUGACCUCGAAGACUGGUUUGUCGGACUCAAUUACUACUGCAAGAGGGAGUACAUUGGCGUCUACGACAGAAACCUGACCCUAAAGCCUCCUCCAACCAAGCACAUUGUGGAUAUCGACUCUACAAUAGAUAAUGACACCACUUUGGACGGCACCGAAGCCGAGCCUGAAGUUACCGAGGAAAGAGUCAUUAAAUUGAACGACUAUCAACGCCAGAAUCUCCGAGUUUCUAAGAAACUCAACGUGGACAUCAUUGAAGCCAAAUUCGAUAAUGCACCCGCAUCUUUAGCGAAGGAUGUUCACAAGAUUUACGCUGAGGUGGUAAUGUGGGGCUUUCCCUGGGCAAGAACCGCUUUCGUUCAGCACACAUCCAACCCCUUCUGGAAGGAGAAUUUCUGGACUUCCCUACCCAUUCUGACCCAGAUGGUGCACAUUGUCAUCAAGAAGUGCUCUUCGCUGAAGAAUGUGUAUUCACCAAUCGACAAAGUGAUCGGAACAGUCUACCUCACUCCAGACGUGCUAUCGCAACAACGACACACUUUUUCGACGAUGAUGAGCGUUAAUCCUACGGGAAAUGCCAUUAAUGUGCCUGGCCACAACCCCCAUGACUCCCUCGGUGUAGCGGCAGCGACGGUUGCCAACCAUAAUAAUACUGUGCGUCUUUCUAUUUACGACGCCACAAACUUACCAAUCGGCAAGCUUUUAUUGACGGUGGACCUCAAAGAAUACCUAAUACCCACUCCAUCGUAUUUCAAGCCGUUGGAACGGAUGCUUGCAAACUGCCCAAUGAAAGACCUUAUUGACUUCUGCAAUUCUACCGUUUCAACAUCGGAAUUCGAGAAUGUCAGUUAUAUCCUUUUGGACAUUUUCCAAAGCUUGGGUAUCGAAGACCGAUGGUUCAAAACACUUGUUGAAUGCGAGUUGGUAGACGUGGAUAAGAUGACUAGAAAAAACUAUGUUAGCAAAGCUAACGGAUCUUCCGCCUCUAGCAACAACGUCUUCAACACCUUGUUUCGGGGCUCUUCGAUCUUCACCAAAUCUUUGGAGAAAUACAUUUUCAGAAUCGGUCAAGAGUACUUGGAGAAGGUUUUCGGAGACUUAUUCGAGAAGAUCACCGUUGAGCUGCUAAAUUGUGAAAUUGACCCACGCUAUGUGCGUCAGCAGCAAGCUGCUGAGAGGAAGAAAGCAGCGGGCCAGAAUGCUACAGAUUCUGACGAGGAUAGCGAUGAAGAUGUGGACUCUGACACAGAGCAGGAAAGAGAGCAGGAGGUCAAGCGGAUCGUCGAAGAGAAUUAUCAAGCGCUCUAUUCUUACGCUGAACAACUUUGGUACAGAAUUUACACAACUUCCAACGAUUUACCCGAACAAAUCAAAUUGCAGCUCAAGAACUUCCGAAACAAGGUGGACUUUGCCUGCGAUCCAGAGGACAAGACCACAUCGCUUAACUGCUUGAGUGCGUUCAUCUUCCUUCGAUUUUUCUGUCCUGCAAUUCUUAACCCCAAAUUGUUCUACUUGACGAAGAAUCAUCAGACAGGCAACGCUCAGCGCACCUUGACUCUUAUAGCCAAAGUCUUGUUGAAUCUUGCGAAUAGACAAGAAUUCAGCCCUCACAAGGAGCCUCAUUUGGUGCGUAUGAAUGAGUUUCUAGAAAAACACACACCAGAGAUGUAUGACUACUUCGACAAGAUCACCGGCCGCAAAAACGACUUCAACGAGAAGAUCCUAGACUUGAGUCACGAAGUCAACAGGUUUGACUUGGGGCUUGGAGUGGACGCGUCCUCCAGCGAGCUCCCUACGACUCCAUACUUGAUCGACAAGUACUUGCGUCUUACAGAACUUAUCCACCUUCUCAAGUUGAGCGGGAACAGCACGUCACAGAAGCUUGCCUCGGCAUCUUCGAGCUCGAUCACCACGGUGAAAUCGAGCCUGACAUUCGCCAGAAGCACCACCAAUACGCCGUCUCACAAUCCACAGCAGAGACUGCCGUUCAAGGAUAAUCUCGUGGAGGCCAAUGACGAGAUCAUGGUGGACGACGAGAAGAACACCUACCAAAUUGGUUCGCUUGAAUUUGAAAAAUCGGAGUUUUUGGAUUUGGUCGGCGACAACGAGACUGAAGGGUUCAUCAAAUCCUUGUGUCGCAGCAACGAGGAGAUUUUCUCGUUCAUCACGUCCAACAUCACGCUCAAGGAUCUACAGAAACAGAGCACCGAUCUCAUCAACCGCAUCGACGAGAUCUCCAACCGACUUGAUGCGCCCGAGAUGUGUGAGAAUCUUCAGCACGACAAGAAGCUUUGGGAGGCGUUUGCUGAAAAAGUCGUGAAUACGGCAGUUGUAGAUGUGGCAAAGAGCAGUAUAGUGUUUAUGGACGAGCAUUUCCAGGCAAACAUGGUGCCAGGGCAAAAGAGACUAAGAGACAACGGAAUCACCGCAUUGAAGCUCAAGUUCCCAGUGGAGCUGGACAAGACGCUGAUGAGCGAGAGUUUCAGCACCAACUCGUUGGGCAGCUUGUUGAGGACGCCGUCCAAAAACCCUUUCAAGCGGUGGUUGAAGAAAGACCAAGUGAGGUAG